AUGUGGAGAGGCGGCGGACGAGCGUCCCCCAGCAUCAGGGCAGCAGCAGCCACCACCAGCGGCAGCGGCAGCGGCAGCAGCAGUAGCAACAGCAAGACACACAUUCCGCGCGUCCCCACCCCACGCAACCCAAGGGAGAGGCGAGAGAGACAGUACGGCCGCCGCAGGGGUGAAAAGCACCGAACGCGAUUCCUGCUCUAG